CAUCCGGACCGUUCUCGACUCUUUAUUUUGCUCCAGCACAUGCAGAAUCCUUGUACUAUAUGACCCCCUUCCCAUCAUCCCCACUGCGGGCAGCCGUGGGGCUGAGAUGCAUUUGUUGUAACAAAUUUCCAAGUGCAUUUCUAGCCGGCAGCGUGUCUGCUACGAACGGGUCCCCCAAGGGCGAGAGGAAAGCAUGGAGUCCAACAAAAAGGGAAAGGCGUGUAUGCGUGUGUGUGCGUGUUUGCGUGUGCGUGUUUGUGUCACCAACAGCUUCUCUGUGCUCCAGCGGACUACCAGCCAGCCACUGUCUGGUAAACGGGCGCGUGCGUGAGGGGAUACGUGUGCACGUGUGCGGCCAAGCGUGUAUGUGUGUGGUAUGAGGAUAGAAAAGCAGCACACACACAUGCACACACACACACGCUUAACAUUCGCUCGCAACAUGGCGUUGAAGCGCCGAGAGACACGAUAGCUCUGCCCCGACUAAUGCGGUGGUUCUGCGCGGAAAGCCCGGGGACAGCUGCCCGACAGAGACCCAAACCAACACAGAGACUCCGUUACGCACCGCCGUGGACAAUAACGGAUUCCAGCGUGUGCAUGUCGCCGUGAGGGCUUGAAACUACGGUGUAUGUGAUUGUAUACAGGCGCACGCUUCUACCCCGCUGGUGGAAAUCAAAGGCUGUACAUGGCGGUGGAGAGUAUAAUUUGGCUGUCCUGUCUUCUUUCGCUGUAUUGGGGUCCAACCAAGCAAGAAAAGCCUGUUUCGGCGGUGGAACUGAGCUGUGGUGCUGGGCCCAGCCAUGUGAUUCUGGAGCUAGGUUUGCCACUUUUGCUGGACUGCAACCUGGGGUCCAGCGACACUCCUUUCAAUGUCACCUGGUUCAAGGAUGGCCAGCUCCUGCCGCAGGCGCCGGGAGAUCGCCUGCGGUAUUUGACCAACGGAUCCCUCCUGUUGUCGCCCACUUCUGCAGACAGCCAGCCUCCCCAGAACGUAGAGGGCAGUUACAGCUGCGUGAGUGCCAGCGCCAUCGGAGCCCUGACCAGCCGGACUGUCAACGUGCUGCUUGCAAGUGGGUGUCGCGCAAUUCACAGAACACUCUGCUGUCGUUUGAAGAUUGUAAUUGAGCUCAUGUAAGGCUGAGGCUCAGUCCUGUCUGCAGAUGAGCCUUACAUGAUGUCUGUCUGCAUGUGUUUGUUGGCUCUAUUCAGACUCCAGUGAUCCUUUUCAGCUGUGUAUUUUUUUUUUUUUUUUUUUUGGGUGGAACAGGAUGCACACAUUUGAAUUCAUUGUAGAUUUUCUCUUAUGCAAGUUUUCCUUGAUGAAGCCAGCUAUCAACAAGCUUCUGAUUGAUUUCUAGCUGGAUAUUUGACUCCUUUUCUCAUAGGUAGCAGAGAUCAUUCAAAUUGACCGGUUUUCUGAAAUGGACUCUAUCUUAAAACGUAGUGC